AAUCAGAUCAUUCGAUCACCUUUCCCAUCAAGGAAGAAACCCGUAGCCCAGAGAGCAUUCAAGAUGAAAUACCUUUUCGUAGUUGCCUUCAUCGCCCUGGCCAUCCAGUUGGCUUCGGCCACCUCACCUACCACCACUGAUCCCACCACCACGACUACCACUGCGGCAACAACCACUACGACAGCUUCCUCCUCAACAACAACAACCACCGAAUCGUCCUCGUCCUCUACUGGAACGAAGAAAUGCUCCAAGAAGAACAACUGGUGUGGCACUUUCAGGCCCAAGAAGAAGUGCAAGCACCCCAAGAGGUGCCACAAGACCAUCGUGAGGGUGACCCACAGGAAGGGCUAAGCUACUACGGAUUUUUCUAGGCCUUAUGAAUGAACUUUCAAUAAAAGAAAUCCUAUAAAAAUAUAAACACAAAA